GUGUGUGCUGCCACAUUUACAGUUCCUGUGGAAAGGUGAGCGAAAUGGAAAGGAGCUCUCUCUUUUUAGCACUAUGCUGAGAUCCCGUGCAGCCUUCCCAACAUGCUGGAACUGGGCUCCUGUUCGGUCAGCUCUCAGUCUCUGACAGGGGACCAAAAUGCUUUGGGGCUACCUAGAGCCCCAGGAGGGCCAGAGUGUCCAGUGGGUGGUCUGGAUCUUGGCAUGGGGGCGAUGUGUGGUAGCAGCACCCCCAGGCACCACAUCCUCCACCCAUCCCCAGUGGACUGUGAGAGUUGGCAGAAGCAUCGUGCAGGACUGGCCAGAGGGUCCAGCCUGUAUUCUGAGUCCCACUCUCUAUUGGAACCCCAAAGUCUUUCAACCAGCUACGACAUCCUCUACCUCCCACACAUGUCUGGCCAUGCUCCCCCUCCGCACCCGAACCGUCUGGGCCUCUCUCUUGAUGUAGCCUCAUCUUUCGAUGUUGGUGGGGGGGUGCCGGGGGUGGAUGGAGAUUUGGCACUCAGUCCCAAUGUGAUUAAGAGACGUCGGGGCGGCCUGAUCGAGCAGAGGGACAUUGUCAAAGCCCACCAGGCUCAUAAGAUACACAGCACACCGCAGGCACGGCGCAAGGAAUGGGAAAUGGCCCGGUUUGGAGACGACGUCCCGGGCUUGUUGAGUUCAGGGGAUGGAGGGUCCGAGCGCAACCGGAACCGCGAUGGGGCCGCCGUGUCCACAGGUGGCAUCUCCCCAGCCUUCAAGCAGACCAAAGCGCAGCGUGCCCGCACCAUGGCCUUGUACAACCCCAUCCCGGUCAGAGAGAACUGCUUCACCGUCAACAGAUCCCUCUUCAUCUUUGGGGAGGACAACGUGGUCAGGAAGUACGCCAAGAAAAUCAUUGAGUGGCCUCCGUUCGAAUACAUGAUCCUCGCCACCAUAAUCGCCAACUGUAUCGUCUUGGCUCUGGAACAGCACCUUCCUGGAGAGGACAAAACGCCCAUGUCCAAGAGACUGGAGAAGACAGAGCCCUACUUCAUCGGGAUGUUCUGUUUCGAGGCUGGGAUAAAGAUCAUCGCCCUGGGCUUUGUAUUUCAUAAAGGGUCCUACCUUAGGAACGGAUGGAACGUCAUGGACUUCAUUGUGGUCCUCAGUGGGAUCCUGGCUGCAGCAGGGGCACAUAUGAACAUCUCAGUGGACCUGAGGACUCUGAGGGCGGUGCGAGUGCUUCGGCCCCUCAAACUGGUCUCAGGCAUCCCCAGUCUGCAGAUAGUCCUUAAGUCUAUAAUGAAGGCCAUGGUCCCUCUGCUGCAGAUCGGCCUGCUCCUGUUUUUUGCAAUCCUCAUGUUCGCCAUCAUUGGCCUGGAAUUUUACAGCGGCAAACUGCACUACACCUGCACACCGCAGCCUGGAAUACUCGAAAACGAGACAGUGGACUCCUCUGAGUUUGAGUUCCCUUGUGGUGUGCGUCAGUGUCCACCCAAGUACACCUGCAGCGAUACCUGGAUCGGCCCUAAUGACGGCAUCACCCAGUUCGACAACAUCCUGUUUGCUGUUCUCACUGUCUUCCAGUGCAUCACCAUGGAGGGAUGGACCACUGUACUCUACAAUGCCGACGAUGCCUUGGGCCCCAGCUGGAACUGGCUCUACUUCAUCCCUCUCAUCAUCAUUGGCUCUUUUUUUGUCCUGAACCUGGUACUGGGAGUCCUCUCUGGGGAAUUUGCCAAGGAGAGAGAGAGGGUGGAAAACCGCAGGGCCUUCAUGAAACUGAGACGCCAACAGCAGAUUGAGAGAGAGCUCAACGGCUACCGGGCCUGGAUCGACAGAGCAGAGGAGGUGAUGCUUGCUGAGGAGAAUAAGAAUCCAGGACCUUCUGCCCUCGAUGUGUUGAAGAGAGCCACCACCAUCAAGAGGAGAGGCAUGGAUGUGGUCAGGGGGCAACCAGGGGAGGAACAAUAUGGUGACAUCUCCUCUGUGGGCAUCCCCAUGGCCAGAGCAAGUAUCAGGAGUGCCAAGCGAGGUCCUACAGCCUAUUUUCGGCGGAAGGAGCGUCUCCUGCGCAUCUCAAUCCGCCGCAUCGUAAAGACACACACUUUCUACUGGACGGUCCUCGGCUUAGUCGCCCUCAACACACUGUGUGUGGCCAUUGUUCACCACAACCAGCCCCUCUGGCUGUCCAGCUUCCUCUACUAUGCAGAGUUCCUGUUCCUCGCUCUGUUCCUGACUGAGAUGUUUCUGAAGAUGUAUAGCUUGGGGCCACGCCUCUACUUCCAUUCCUCCUUUAACUGCUUUGACUGCAGUGUAAUUGUUGGCAGCAUCUUUGAAGUGCUGUGGGGUUUCUUCAGGCCUGGCACUUCCUUUGGCAUCAGUGUCCUGCGUGCUCUCCGUCUGCUGAGGAUAUUCAAGAUCACCAAGUAUUGGGCGUCUCUGAGAAACCUGGUUGUCUCUCUCAUGAACUCCAUGAAGUCCAUUAUCUCCCUCAUUUUCCUUCUUUUCCUCUUCAUCGUUGUCUUCGCACUCCUUGGCAUGCAGCUCUUCGGUGGCAGGUUCAUAUUUGAAGACUACACCCCGACCAACUUUGACACCUUUCCUGCAGCCAUCAUGACCGUCUUUCAGAUUCUGACUGGAGAGGACUGGAAUGAGGUUAUGUACAACGGUAUUCGCUCUCAAGGAGGAGUGAAGUCUGGCAUGUGGUCCUCCAUCUACUUUAUAGUGCUCACAUUGUUUGGGAACUACACUCUACUGAAUGUCUUCUUGGCCAUUGCUGUGGAUAAUCUUGCCAAUGCGCAAGAACUUACCAAGGAUGAAGAGGAAGCAGAGGCAGCGUUCAACCAGAAGCACGCUCUCCAGAAAGCGAAGGAGGUCGGACCGCUGUCCUCCUUCAUGUCUUCAGAGAGAGAGAGAAGAAAAAGGAUGACCAUGUCAGUGUGGGAGCAGAGGACCAGCCAGCUGCGGAGACACCGCCAGAUGUCCAGCCGAGAGAUCCUGUUCAGCAGUCCCAGCGAGGAGAAGGACGGGCCUCCUGCUUCAGCCCAGGCCCAGCACGGGCAUCCACUGUCGUUGCAUCGCAAGGCCAUGCACACCCCAUCAGGGAGUGUGAAGCUCCUGACAGACCCUUUAGCCUCCCCAGCCAAGAACCAGGCUUCAGGCUCCUCUGUGUCUGUGGACAUGCCUCUGGGCGCCGCCCUCUCUGGUGACAUACCUGAACCCCCGAUGUCAGUGCCAGAGUCGCUGGAUCCCACAAAUGUGCCUCUUCCUGGUGCUUCUAUGUCCACAACCAUACCAGAGCCUCCUGAAUCAGAGCCCGUUUCUGAGAGUAGAAAACUGGAGGUUAAUCAGAGUCACAACACCAUGAACGAGCGUCGGAGCCCCAGGUUGAAUGGCGAUCGCCAACACAGGGCAGUGAAGAAGUUCAGACCACCAGAUAACGUUGACACACUGACUCCUGAGAUGGGAGGUCUCAGCGGGAUCAGGGACAGGAGGGCCCUGCAUCACUGUGACCAUCAGAGCGGAGCCAGAAGCCAGGGCUCAUCUCCAGGCAACGGGAGCCACUUGGCAAGUCACUUGGUCAGCAGAGAGAGGAAGAGAAACCCAGGGAAAGCAGAGGAGAAGGAAGCGGAGACCAAAAGGGAAGACGAGGUGUCCAAACCUGAGGAGAGCAGACAGGGUGACCAGAAUGAAGUCAGGGGCACAAACCCACCAGACAACCAGAGCCAUACUGGUGACCAGUGUCCUCAGAAGCAGGAAGAGCUUCUUCAGCAAUCAGACUCUUGUCCACCUUCCAUCCCAGAGGAGGACAAAGAAGAGAAAGAGACGGAGCAGGACCAGGACAAAUCUCAACUCAGCUCCAGUGUGAUCAUCGAGGUUCCCAAUGUACAAUCAUGUCUGGAGCUCUCUACCAUCACAGUCAACAAUAAGGACCCUGAAACCUGUAAGUCGGAGAAGGAGGAGGCAGAGGAAACGAGUCCUGUCAACACUGUGAUUCCAAACAGCAUGUUCAUCUUCAAACCUGACAACCCGGUGCGUCGAGCAUGUCACUAUGUGGUGAACCUCAGGUACUUUGAAAUGUCCAUCCUGCUGGUUAUAGCUGCCAGUAGUAUAGCACUAGCUGCUGAGGACCCUGUGGCUACCUCCUCUGACUGGAAUAAGGUUCUGCGUUACUUUGAUUACGUGUUCACCGGAGUCUUCACAUUUGAAAUGAUUAUAAAGAUGAUUGACCAGGGUCUGAUCCUCCAUGAUGGCUCCUACUUCAGAGAUCUGUGGAACAUCCUAGACUUCAUCGUCGUGGUGGGAGCACUGGUGGCCUUCGCCCUCACCAAUGUGAUGGGAAAUAACAAAGGACGGGACAUUAAAACCAUCAAAUCUCUGAGAGUGUUGCGUGUCCUCAGACCGCUGAAGACCAUCAAGAGGCUUCCUAAACUCAAGGCGGUUUUUGACUGCGUGGUGACAUCUCUGAAGAAUGUCUUCAACAUCCUGAUUGUCUACAAACUUUUUAUGUUCAUCUUUGCCGUCAUCGCUGUGCAGCUCUUUAAGGGGAAGUUUUUCUACUGUACCGACAGCUCGAAGGACACUCAGAAGGACUGCCAAGGUUACUACAUCGACUACGGGAAGGACAAGAAGGAGGUGAAAAGAAGAGACUGGAAGAGGCACGAGUUUCACUACGACAACGUCAUCUGGGCUCUGCUCACCCUCUUCACUGUGUCCACUGGAGAGGGGUGGCCUCAGGUCCUGCAGCACUCAGUGGAUGUGACCGAGGAGGACAGAGGGCCGAGCCACGGCAACAGGAUGGAAAUGUCGAUCUUCUACGUCAUCUACUUUGUCGUCUUCCCUUUCUUCUUCGUCAACAUCUUUGUGGCUCUCAUCAUCAUCACCUUCCAAGAGCAGGGGGACAAGAUGAUGGAGGAGUGCAGCCUGGAGAAGAACGAGAGGGCCUGCAUAGACUUUGCCAUCAGCGCCAAGCCCCUGACCCGUUACAUGCCGCAGAACCGUCACACGUUCCAGUACCGUCUGUGGCAUUUUGUGGUGUCACCCUCAUUUGAGUACACCGUCCUGGCCAUGAUCGCCCUCAACACCAUUGUACUGAUGAUGAAGUACUACUCUGCCCCGCCGGCGUAUGAGGCCGUACUGAAGCACCUGAACACGGCUUUCACCGUUCUCUUCUCUAUUGAGUGUGUCCUCAAGAUCAUGGCCUUCGGCUUUCUGAACUACUUUCGAGAUACAUGGAACAUUUUUGACUUCAUCACUGUCCUGGGCAGCAUCACUGAGAUCGUGGUAGACCUGCAGUUUGUUGAUACUUUCAACAUGAGUUUCCUGAAACUAUUCCGAGCUGCUCGUCUGAUCAAACUGCUGAGACAAGGUUACACCAUCCGGAUUCUUCUGUGGACCUUUGUGCAGUCCUUCAAGGCCUUGCCCUAUGUCUGCCUGCUCAUCGCCAUGCUCUUCUUCAUCUACGCCAUCAUUGGCAUGCAGGUGUUUGGGAACAUAAAGCUGAACGAGGAGACUCAUAUUAACCAGCACAACAACUUCAAGACCUUCUCUGGUGCUCUGAUGCUGCUCUUCAGGAGUGCCACAGGGGAGUCAUGGCAGGAGAUCAUGUUGUCGUGUCUGGGGCCCAAGGACUGUGAGACGGACCCUUCUCUUACGUCCGAGCAGGAGGGGGGCUGUGGCUCCGACUUUGCCUAUUUCUACUUUGUCUCCUUCAUCUUCUUCAGUUCCUUCCUGAUGCUGAACCUGUUUGUUGCUGUGAUCAUGGAUAACUUUGAGUAUCUGACGAGAGACUCGUCCAUCCUGGGUCCCCACCACCUGGAUGAGUUUGUCCGGAUCUGGGGGGAGUAUGAUCGUGCCGCCUGUGGUCGUAUCCAUUACACAGACAUGUAUGAGAUGUUGACCAACAUGUCGCCACCUCUAGGCCUGGGCAAGAAAUGCCCCCCCAAGGUGGCAUAUAAGAGACUAGUCCUGAUGAACAUGCCUGUGGACGAUGACAUGUCCGUCCACUUCACCUCCACUCUCAUGGCCCUCAUCCGCACCGCUCUGGAAAUCAAGAUAGCCAGAGGGGGAGAGGACAGAAAUCAGAUGGACCUGGACCUGCAGAAGGAGAUCAGUGUCAUCUGGCCUCAUCUCUCUCAGAAGACACUGGACCUGCUGGUCCCCAUUCACAAAGCCAGUGACAUGACCAUAGGGAAGAUCUAUGCCGCCAUGAUGAUCAUGGACUACUACAAGCAGAGCAAGGCUAAGAAGCUCCGACAGCAACUAGAGGAACAGAAACAUGCUCCUAUGUUCCAGCGUAUGGAUGCCUCCUCUCUGCCUCAAGAAAUCCUAUGCAAUGCCAAAUCCCUGUCAUUCCUCAGACACAGUGCCGGAUCUGCUCUCACCAGAGGAGGUUUUGUGGCACUCAGUCCCAUCUCUCCCCAAGAGAUGUUCCUGCAGCCGCUCUCCCUCUCCAGGGAGGAGAAAGACGAGGAGGGUGACGACGACUACCGUUCACCCUACCACCCCUACCACCACUCACAUCACCACCACCACCAUUUACACACACUGGUGCCAGAUGUAGUGGAGUAUAACCAAGUGAUGCAGCAGGCCAGGCAGGACCCAACAGUUAUUAAAUCACCUCAGCGGACGGCAUCUAUCAGAGCGUCCUCCAUGCCCAGACUGGCUGUUGAUCCACAGCCUGGGAUGUCAGCAGACAGUAAGCUGAUGAAGCGUUCCUUCUCCACCAUCGGAGAUCAGUGUGUGAACGGCCUCUGGCAGGAGCAACACUCUCUGGAGAGAGUCAGUCCUGACGGCACAUACAGACCCCGACAGCGGAGCUACAGAGCAACCCAACUCUCAGGCCCAAGAAUCAACCACAGAGAAACAAGUAGUCACGAGAGAGGGAGAUCUAAGGAAAGGCGCCACCUACUGUCUCCGGACGUGUCCCGCUGCAACUCUGAGGAGCGAAGCCAGGACCCUUCAUGUGAGAGGAGACGGUCCCCCUCACCCAGCGAAGGACGCACACACACCUUACAGAGACAGGUGAACACAUCAGGCAGCCCUGCCCACUCAGCCUCAGAGUCCAGUACUCCUCGCAAUCGACGCCAGCUGCCACAGACACCCUCUCGCCCGCGGCCUUACAUCUCCUAUUCCCCUCUGGUUUGCCGAGCCCAUACCUCUCCCACACCAGCAGCCUCCUCUGAGGGACACACCCAGCCUCAGGACGGCCCUGGUGGCUCCACAGAGUCCUCGUGGAAGGCUGACAAGGAGGGCGGGCCCCUAACUACAGGUGAGGGGUCAUCCGGAGGCCAGGUUUCAGGACCGAGUCACCCAUCUCCUCACCGCUACAUCUCAGAGCCCUACCUCCCGUUCCACGAGGACCUUGGUGGUGGCGAGGCAGGCGAGAGGCAGGAGACCCUUACCUUUGAGACUGCCAUGGCAACCAGCCUGGGCCGGGCCAAUGCCAUAAGCUCCGCCCCUCAGCUUAGACACUCCUGGCAGGUUCCUAAUGGGCAUUUCCGGAAGCACUUGGGCCAGACGACCCCUGCUGGAGCCAGCGAGCUGCUAAGUGACACAGAUGAGGACGACCGCUGCUAGAACACCAGAGAGGAAGAGGAGGCACAGAGUGACUGGGCACCUCAGAGCAUCUCUACAUGGCAUCAGAAGACUGUAGCUCCUCUGUGGCUCGGAGACCUUGUAUUCUCAGCACCAGUAGCAUAACAGGCAGGACUGCUGAACACCACUGCUAUUUUUGUGGAUACCUGGGUGUCUGUCUGCAAUGUGUCCUUGUUUGUGUGUGUUGUUGUAGCUAGACGGAGGCUACGUGUGUGAACAUGGGUGUGUGUUUAUGUGUGUGUUUAUGUGUGUGUGUGUGUGUGUGUGUGCACUCUCAAUUGAGAAAACUUGCCAAAUCAAAAGAAUAGCAGAGGCUGACGGUACCAUGAGUAGCUCACUGCAGGCAAACCCAUGUGUUGCCAAGCCUUCCCACACAAGUUAGUGUUUUGAUUGUUAUUUGAACAAAAUAUGGUGAGACGUCGAUCCAAGUUGUCCAAUUCUCUCAUUAAAUCCAAGAAACUAAUUUAAGUGCAUUUUGUGUAGGUGAACAUAGAAGUAGCAUGUAAAAAUGUAAUACGAUGAAUGUAUUUUAGCUUUUGGUUCUUACGUUCAGGUCAUUUGAGAAGGUUGCUGUUCGUCUUUACUGUGCAUAGUUGUAAGAGUAGCAGUGAAAAAAGGGUUGAUUCAGCCAGAUUUUUACCAGUUUACAACUGGAAACCAGCCAUUCCCAAAAGUUCAUGUUUACAAAAACAAUAUCCACUUGGUUCAUGGGCAUUAUACAGUCACUAAUCAAUGAGUAGUCAAGUUCCAGACUAUAAAGUGAGCUAAACCUCUAGUGAUGGUCAAGUUAUUUUUCUGGCCUUUAUGUGAAAACAGUAAGAGUGUGCACUCAUCAGCAGCACAGUACACAUUUAUGUCACGUCUGCGGUGUGAAAAAGAUGCUGAAGAUCUUGAACAGAUAACAGAAUAAGAGAGGUUUUGUCUCAGGAUACUGGACCAUCGGUUUUGUAAUAUAUUAUCUUCUCUAGAUCUCCGUAAAAUGAACACUUGUAUAAAUCAGAAAGACUAGAUGAGUCUCUUAACCUUACACAUCAGUCAGCAUGAUGUCCAACGACAAGACUGUCGCAAGGACCAGACUGGUGGAGUUUUCACACAGGUCCUCUGGUCCACAUCUGUUCUGUUUAUGGACUAUAAUGGCUUUGGCCUGAGGUAUAACCAUCUGUAGGACAGGCAGACGAAUGGGUGAAGCCAAAUGGGUGUUCAUUCUCCACAUAUCUGUGCUGGAUAACCACUGUUGAUGCUGUGUCGGAGAGGUGACUAAAGCCAUUUUCCUCCUGUACAUAGAGCCGAGGAUGUGUCUUCUUCAGGAUUUGUUGCCUUCUUCUGCGUGAUGAGAAAAUCCUUUAUACAUGUGAUGCAAAUCAUUUCAACAACAUGGAUGCUUUUACAAAAGAGGAAUUGCAGGCACAGUAUGGUUUGUGUCUUUGUUAUUUACCACAUUGUUUCUGUCACACUGAGGUCUAUGUUUUCGGCCAGUAGAAACAAGGAUUACAGUAAUUUCUGUGCUCCAGAGUUAUAGUAAAUUCCCACAUGCAUGAUUCAUGGUGACAACGAUAAUGGGAGAUGUGUGAGAGAUGUGUCUUAGAGCUGCCUGAUUGUUCUUAUUUUAGUGUAUCCAUUAUGUUCAAUGAGAUUUGUUUUGCCAACAAAGUAAUUAUGAAACAUCAGACAGAGAAAUGUUCAUGCUUUCUCAUUCCCAGCAUUCACUGUCAGUAUCUUUGAACACUUUCAGACAUUUGUUGUUGCCCCUAAAUAAGAUGUAUAUUUAUAUCAUGUGCUGUUGUGUUGUUUCAGUAUGUUGAGUUUGACAUGUUUUCUGAAAUGUGAACACAGGACUAUCUGGACUGAGGAUCCACAGGUCAGGAGAGAUCAUACCAACCUGCUGGAGCCCUGAGCAGAAAGUCCUGGACUGAAACGAUGUAUUUUAGCAGAGAAACCUCCUUUGAAGUGUGUUGACUACAAGGUUCAAUUUAUACAGUAUACAGGUUAGGGUAAGGCUUCAGCCUGUAGUUUAUAGGCCCGUGCUUAACGUGUACAGUGCAGCCUAGGACUUGACCUUGAUGUCCGUCUGUACAGAACAGCCUAAUCUGUGCCUGGGGACAUUCACUCAAAGAGGUCCCUAUCAAGCCUGGAUUUCAUAGUUAGAGAAGCUUUCUGGUAAAUAUGUAGUAUAAACUGUACAAAAUAAAUCCAUGUUUAAUUUAUUGCACUGUUUAUAUUUUAUUUCCAUCAUGAUGCCUGUCUAUGACUUUAACAAAAGAAAGUGUUUACAUAUCUGUUCAAAGGACCAUUAAAAAGAGAUCACUUGUC